AUGGUUUCCUUACUUGAUCUACCAGCCGAGAUUCGCCUGAUCGUUUACACUCAUUUACUCAAACCAAAUGAAUAUGUGAAGAGCUAUCGAAAGCUAAGGGACCCCGGGUCAUUAGCCAUGGGCGGUCCUCUUUGCGUCAUUCCUCGACCUUAUGUGAAGCGAUGUACCCAGUCCAUUCUUCUCCUCAACAAAGAGAUUACCAAAGAAGUUCUUCACCAUCUAUAUCGAAUACCCCUCAACCUCUACGGCACUCCCAGUGCACAUAUCAUCAUGUGCCAGAUGGAUAUUACAGAAUUCAUCAGCAAGCAUUACCUGCAGAGAAUCCAUCACGGUGUCCUGCGGCUGAAGCAUGCCAACAAGCAGUUUGUCCUUUCGCUCUUAGACAUCUGGGGUGCCGAGAACCGACUAGAACGACUUGAUGUGUAUCGUCCCAGGACCGGCCUUGAUAGUCAACACUGGAAAGUAGUAGAAAGCCGGCUCUGGGACUUCUCGAAAGGGGUUCCAGUCGUGUUUCACGAGGUCGAUAAUCCGCUUAUAGUGGGGGCCUCCGAGGCUACCUGGGUGUGA